AUGCCGGCGUGCAGGAUAUGUGAUAUUAACAUUAAGGACUUCGAGAAGGCUCAAAACAAAUCUAAAUCUACUGUUAUUUUGCAACCAAAAGAUACUAAACAGUCGAUUUCUACUACAAAAAAAGAUUUAUUGAGUCAAGUUGAUCCGGUUAAAUUGAACCUUGAUGUGGCCUGUGUUAAACCUGGUCGUAAUGGAAGCAUCAUCAUAAGUUGUAAUGAUACUGACGACUCUAAUAAAAUUAAGAAUUUAGUUGGUGAAAAAUUAACGGACUACAACGUGAAAAAUUUGCCAAGUUUAAAGCCGCGGAUUAGGAUUUCCGGAAUAGACAAAGACAUUCCAGAUGAAGAAGUGGUAGACUACAUUGUGGGUGAGAAUAGGUCUUUAUUUAGUACUGAAUAUAUCUGCGUAUUAAAAAAAUAUCUUUCUUUGCGGAAUAAUAAUAAGCGCAUGCAAGCAAUCGUCGAAGUAGAUCUAGGCUCCUACAGUAAUAUAACCAAUGCUGGGAAAUUACUUGUCGGGUAUGACUACUGUAAAGUUUGGGACGCGAUUGAAGUUCGUCGAUGCUUCAAAUGCUCUGGUUUUAAUCAUAUGUCAGGUCAAUGUACAGCAAAAUCUCCUAUUUGUCCAAGGUGUGCCGGGGCUCAUGUGCUAAAAGACUGUCAGUCUGAAUCUCUAAAAUGUACUCACUGUAGUUCUCACAAAGACAAAAAUCCAGAUAUUUCCGAUAACCAUGCGGCCUGGGAUAUUGACAAGUGCUCAGUGUACCAAAAUCAACUUCAAAAGCUUAAGGCUUUAAUACUGGAUACUAAGUAG